CUUGAAAAUUUAAUUUGUGCAUGUGGUAUAUGUGGCCCAUUUUUUAGUCAAAGGUUGCACUCUGAACCUUAGUCAGAAACCCCCUUUCCGGCCGAGGAAAUGGAAAAAGACACGGACCUUGUAGUUCGGCAUUUAGGGGAGCUGGAAGCGCUUGCGGAAGAAGUUUUGUCUGACAAGCAGCAGAUUGUUGAUCUGGAUCGGACAAGAAAUGGGAACCGUGAAGCCAUAAGAUCACUUAUGAACAAAGAACAACAAAACAAAAGCAGUCAAAGCAAGUCUUGGGUCUGCUUUGGUGAGAUGUUUGUAAAACUUCCUGGAGAAAGUGCUAAAGCCAUUCUCAAACAAGAUCAGGUCAAACUCAACUCGGAAAUUGACAGAUUGCGCAAAGACUUAAAACCCAAGGUGGCCAAACUGAGGGAUAUGGAAGGUAGGAAGGAAGCCAAGGGCUUUGAUUUGACAGCGUUAUCAAAAGAUGAACUGAAAGCCGUCGACACAAGGUGACGAUCAAAGCUACUGCGUUGAGAUAUCUUUAUGAAGUUCAGUGUUGUGGAGUAGCUGUGUAGUCUCAUAAACCAGGCUCAACUUUAGUAUUAUUUGAAUCUCCGUGUGGUCUCAUACACCAGGCUCAAGUUAUGGUACUGUUGGUAUCCUGUUGCUGGUCUCAUACAUUUUACUAUCGUAGCUUUGUUCUAGCUUUGUUACCGGCCCGAGGCCAGUAGUUUUGGUGUUGGGCCAGCAAACUUACGAGUGGACAAGUCCGGUGUGGCAGUAGAUUUUGUCCCCACGGAGAUUCUGUCUCGCUAUAGGGCAAACUGUGUACAAAUGUCUUCUGAUAUAGAGCCCUGUUUUGAAUCAAACUCCUCCGGCCGAUGUCAAUUCCAAUACGGGGGACAGAGUUUCCAACGGACAGAUUUCCCUGAGACACCGGCAGUCUUGUGUUUUUUAUUUCAAUAUCAAUGCAGCAUAAUGACACACUAAGUGGGUGUCAGGAUGCUGAUGAGGAUUACAAAAUAGUAAUUUUCACGAAAGGCUAUGUAUUAAUCCUAUCUCGAACUUAGGACGGGUUCAAUGCGUCCCAGCGUCUUCGGAUACAGAAAAGGAAGAGGGAAGAGCUUGGUGAAAUUGAUGGCUGUGACCAGCCGUCGAUUUCACCAAACUCUUCCUAACUUAGGAUUAAUCUUAGGACGGGUUCAUUUCCGUAUCCAA